UGUAGCAGACAUCGUCUGGCUGUAGCCACCUUUACUGUCGCCAUUUUAUUUUUUGGCUAACAUAAGCAACCAGAGCGUAGACGACAUAAAUAAUAUCUAAAAGUGGAAGGCUGUGGAGCAACUACUUAAACCAAUUAAAAGUUAAUAGGCACUGUUUUGUCAAGGUCUAAUUCGGCACUCAGAAUGGCCAACCGAAAUCUGAAACAAGUCAACAUUCAGAACAAUGCACCGUCGCCAAAACCAAGUCAGCAUCAGACAAAGCGCAACACCAGUUCACCGGCCGGGGAACGAGGGCCGAAUGCAGCUGAGGGGCCAACUCCGCCGCCACAGCCAGUAACAGCCACUAGCCCCGCGGCAGAUGGCGAUGAGGGUCAUGGUGGUGAACCGAUGGAGAUGACUCUGGAUCUGAAAAGUUUUCGGAGACCUGGAGAGAAAACCUUUACGCAGCGCUGUCGGCUUUUCGUCGGUAAUCUCCCGACAGAUCUAACGGAAGAUGAGUUUAUAAAGCUGUUUGCCAAGUAUGGAGAGGCUAACGAGGUGUUUAUUAACCGAGACAGAGGAUUUGGAUUCAUUCGACUGGAAACUAGGACGCUAGCGGAGAUAGCUAAAGCCGAGCUGGAUGGCACUGUGGUCAGGAACCGGCCCAUCCGCAUCCGUUUCUCCACUCACGGUUCUGCUCUCACAGUGCGAAACCUGGCCCCAAUGGUCUCCAAUGAGCUGUUGGAACAGGCGUUCUCUCAGUUCGGGCCAGUGGAGCGGGCUGUGGUGGUGGUGGACGACCGGGGCCGGCCCACGGGUAAGGGCUUUGUAGAGUUUGCCAACAAACCAGCUGCGCGGAAAGCCUUGGAGCGCUGCACAGACGGAGCCCUGCUUCUCACAACGACCCCUCGCCCCGCUGUGGUGGAACCCACAGAGCAGCUGGAUGAGGAGGAUGGUCUUCCUGAGAAGCUGCUACAGAAAUCAGCCCAGUACCACAAGGAGAGGGAGCAGUCUCCUAGGUUUGCUCAGCCAGGAACAUUUGAGUUUGAGUACUCGUCCCGGUGGAAGGCCCUGGACGACAUGGAGAGGCAGCAGCGGGAGCAGGUGGACAGGAACAUCCGCGAGGCCAAGGAGAAGCUGGAGGCAGAGAUGGAGGCUGCCAAGCAUGAGCACCAGCUUAUGAUGAUGAGACAAGAUCUGAUGAGAAGACAGGAAGAGCUGAGACGCCUAGAAGAGUUACGCAAUCAGGAACUGCAGAAACGCAAGCAGAUUGAGAUGAGGCACGAGGAGGAGAGGCGGAGACGAGAGGAAGACAUGCUGCGACACAGAGAUCAGGAGGAGAUAAGACGCCAGCCGGACGGCUUUAAACCUAACUUCCUGGAUGGCAGAGAACAGGAUAUGAGAAUGGGUGAACUGGGCCCUCGUGGAGGCAUUAAUAUGGGAGAUGGGUUUAACCCUGCCUCUGUUGCCGGGGCUGGUAACCAAGGGCCCCCUCAAAUGAUGGGCAUGGGCAUGAAUGCAAGGGGCGGAGCCAUGGGCCCAGAGGGAACUCCAAACAUGGGUGCGCCAUUGAUGCCAGAGAAUGGAGCUAUGCGCAAUGAGCGCUUCUCCCAGGGAGGCCCCGGUCAGAUGGCGUCGUCCCUUGGGAGUCGUGAAGGGGAAGACUCCCCCCAACAGCAGGGCCUGGGGGCCGGGCCACAGCCCAGUGGAGGAGGGUUCGAGAGGGGAAAUCCUGUGGCGGGAGUCUUUGAUGGUCCCAACAAUAAACGCCGCAGAUAUUGAUACUGUUUGUUACUGUUAUUGUUACCAAGUUUUUUGAAAAAACAGCUUUGAGGAUUUUAUUUGAGUUUGAACUAAUUUACAAAAGCACGACUUGAGCUAAAGAUUACUUUCCUGCGCUGACAGUCAAGCUUAUAUUAUUCAUUAUGAAUGUAUUUUUUGUUUUUUUAUUUGCACUCGUCAUGUGUGCCUAAUAUUGACCAAGAACUUACCUAGAUGGCAUGUUCCAGGUCCACUGUUGAUUUACAAAAAAAACUGCCAUCCUUCAAAUUUCUGCAAUUCAACUCUUGUAUUGACAUGCUGUUGAUAGCUUCAACCUAAAGGACAAGGUCCUACAAAAGUAAAACUGGCAGAUACAACAGCACAGUAAACUAUUAUUGUCUACCAUCUUUUCUUGCUGUUGCACAAUAUGCAUGUGCUUUAAUGAGUUAUUCAAAUAUCUAUGUUAUGGGAAGUUUACUCAUUGCUAAUAAGUUGGAAUCACAAACUAAGAAAUUGUUGUUUCUAGAAGUCUUUUGUCUUUUUCCCUUGUGGUAAUUUUGAAGAGGACUCAUUUAUAUUUAUAAAUGACUAUUUACAUCUGAAGCAGCUGUUUAGGUCAAUCCUUACAUCCAUGUCUCAGAUACCGUAUUUGAUCCUGUAGUAAUUGGUUUGUUUACUGAAAUAAAAAUUAAUGAAAUGUA